GACUCCCCAAACACGGCUUUUCGUGGACCAUAUCAAAACGUUUUUCAUAACGUGCGAGUUGCAUUUGAGAGGAACAGCGCUGACCCCGUGAGCUUGGACUUUCCAAGUUCAAAGUACAGUUUUUUUUACAGGAUAUACACUCCUGGGAAAUGAGCCAAACGAACAGACAGAUACUCCGUAAAGGACAAUUUCACGGGACGUCUUGUAAUUUGGAUACCGAACUGAAGGAAGCUGACAGUGCUAAUUUUCCGAUGCAGCCUGAGGCUGAAGCCGGACGUAUCCAUUUUUCAAAAAGCUCAUUGGAUAGCAUAGGCGACUCUUCUACGCUUGAGCCAGACAAUGCACAAGAGAAUACGUAUGGCCCCUUUCUUUCUGACCAGCACGGCUGUUACACAGAACAAAAAUCCUUGCUACCAACUGCGCCCCGUAAUAGACGGGAGAUAAAUCCUCACAGUGACGCCUGUGUUUCGAACAGUUGCUCCGAGUCUGCCUGCACCACCAUCUCAGAAACAGCACGAGAGCUGUGCAAAGCUGUCUCCGUCUCACUUGGCUUGAACAUGGACUCAAAUGAGAUGAACGAACCGGGACAUAAUCUCACCACCUCUCUCGCAAGUGACCUACAUAAAAACUAUAUGUUUGAAGUGCCUUUUUUGGGAAGUCCUGGAACCCAAGAAAGUGUCCCGCAGGCAGAAGACAAAUGCUCCAGGGUACACAAUGGCCAACUGUUACAAAACGAUGAACUUUCUGGAAUGUUUAAAAGUACACAUGUUCAAGGCUUGACGAAUGAAGUUGCAUCUUCACAUCUCAGCUCUACAUAUUCAAACUGGGACACGCAAGAGACAAGAUUGAAUGCGCAGACUGAAAAAACAGCUUCUAAAGAGCAUGGGAGUUGCAUGACCAUGGAUGAAGCGCGUUCUGGUUUCUGUCCGUUUGACCAACUGUUACCAACAAGCCUGGUACAAUACAGUCAGACAGAUCCAUUGUCAACGGGUCGGAGCAACUUUAGGUCCCAAGUCUUUUACAAAACUUUGGCUCUUGCCAACGAUGCCGUCGAACACGUAGACGGGAGAUAUGCCGACAUUUCGGCACAAUGUAGUGCCAAGAUCAAGACCGAGAAUUUACAGAAUCAAUCUACAGGCACCUGGGAUCACCAUUACAGAUACAAUGAAAAUUGUCACUCACCAUAUGGACCCCCAAGACACGGUGUCCAUCCAUACUGUAUGGAGACAAAUAAUCAAUUUGUUGUUGAGCCGUUUGAUUACCAAAGACCAGGCGGUCUGCUCCCGAGGGAUAGAUCUGCUUCGGAGUCGUGGUUCCCGGGUGGGAUGCUGAGCAAGAUGCCCUCCGCAAAUCCUCCUUGCCUGAAAACUGAAGUUACGGAUUGGCUGGAAGUACCUUACUCUGACAGAACACUGCUUGAGGGUGGCCGGGAGCAUGUGUUUCCCAUGGAGUUCUUCUUCCCGCCCCAGAGGACCUGCCUCAUUUGCGCAGACGAGGCAUCGGGGUGCCACUACGGGGCGCUCACCUGUGGCAGCUGCAAGGUCUUCUUCAAGAGAGCCGCUGAAGGUGAGAGAAAACAGAGGUAUCUUUGCGCAAGCAGGAAUGAUUGCACCAUUGACAAGCUGAGAAGGAAAAACUGUCCAAGUUGCCGUCUGAAGAAGUGCUUUGAGGCUGGAAUGACGCUUGGAGCUCGGAAGCUGAAGAAAAUCGGACAGUUGAAGCCCAUGGAAGAUCUUCCGAUCCAGGGCCCGACUGAUGCCAUCCAGUGCAUCUCUCCAAAAUCUGGCCUCAGCUUCCCCUCCCAGUUGGUUUUCCUGAACAUCCUGGAGGCCAUCGAGCCAGAGGUUGUCAACGCUGGCCAUGACUACGGCCAGAACGACUCGGCUGCCACCCUCCUGACGAGCCUGAACGAACUGGGCGAGCGACAGCUUUUCAAAGUCGUCAAAUGGGCCAAGGGCUUGCCAGGUUUCCGAAAUAUGCAUGUAGACGACCAAAUGACUGUCAUUCAGCAUGCCUGGAUGGGAGUUAUGGUGUUUGCCUUAGGAUGGAGGUCCUACAAAAACGUGAAUGCCAGAAUGCUGUACUUUGCUCCUGACCUUGUAUUCAAUGACCGGCGGAUGCGCAUUUCCACCAUGUACGAGCACUGCAUCAGGAUGAGGCACAUGUCCCAGGAGUUCGUGCUGCUGCAGGUCACUCACCAGGAGUUCCUCUGCAUGAAAGCGCUGCUCCUCUUCAGCAUCAUCCCAGUGGAAGGUCUCAAAAAUCAGAAGUACUUUGACGAUUUGCGGAAUACCUACAUAAACGAGCUAGACCGCCUCAUUAACUGCAGCAGAAAGACCAACUGCUCACAAAGAUUUAUCCAGCUCACCCGACUCAUGGACUCCCUGCAACCAAUCGUGAAGAAGCUUCACCAGUUUACAUUCGACCUUUUUGUCCAAGCGCAGUCCCUUCCCACGAAGGUCAGCUUUCCGGAAAUGAUCUCCGAGAUAAUCUCAGUGCAUGUCCCGAGAAUCCUGGCAGGCAUGGCUAAACCAAUCCUGUUCCACAACUAGCAGGAUUCCUUAUGAUCCCGAGUUAGCUACCCAUGUCCUGGCAGUUCUACAGAUAACAAGCAAAGCUCUCCAGUGUAUCUUUCAGUUUUUCUUCCUAAUAGCUCGAUGUACCAUUCAGAACCAUUACAGCACCUUAGCUGCAUGUCAAACGUAAUUGAGAUCAUUUCCUGAAACAGGCAUGGUUUUAGCAUCAAUCUUAAAGGUUAGAAGGUGUCACCUGGCGAACAGCACUUCUGCAUUCCUAAGAUUCUUACCCCUACUUUUUACAAGAAUGGAUGCUAUGAAGUCAGUGGGUAAAAUAAGAUCUAAAUAACACAGGAGUACAAAAGUUACAUUACAGUAACAAAGGUUUACAAGAUCAAUGGCAGGUAUACAUGUCUAUGCAUAUAUUUAGGUCUGAAGCUGUGCUAAACAUUUAUCUAUGGAGUGGAUAUUUUUCAGUUUUCCUAAUUUCCUUAACAGUCUGACAUUUAUAUAUAUAUGAGCUACUAUACAACUGUAACAAACUGUGCAUUCAGGACAUACAGGUAGAUAUUUCUGAAUAUACACUCAGCCAUCACUUUAUUAGGUACACCAAUGUACACCAGCUUGUUAAUACAAAUAUUUAAUCAGACAAUCAUGUGGCAGCAACAAAGUGCAUAAAAGCAAGCAUGCAGAUGUGGUCAAGAGGUCAGACCAAAUGUCAGAACAGGGAAGAAAUGUGAUCUAAGUGACUUUGACCGUAGAAUGAUUGUUGGUACCAGGCAGGGUGGUUGAGUAUCUCAGAAACUGCUGAUCUCCUGGGAUUUUCUCACAUAACAAUCUCUAGUGUUUGCAGAGAAUAGUGCGAAUAACAAAAAACAUCCAGUGAGCAGAAGUUCUGCAGGCAGAAACACGUUUUUGAUGAGAGAGGUAAGAGGAGAAGGGCCAGACUGGUCAAAGCUGACAGGAAGGUGACAGAAACGCAAAUAACUACACGUUACUACAGUGGUAUGCAGGAGAGCAUCUAUGAACACACAACACGUGAAAUCUCUUGGAUAGGCUGCAGCAGCAAACGUCUAAUCAGUGUAAACAAUAAGUCUAAUAAAUACCUAAUGAAGUGCUCACUGAGUGUAUAUGCUGUACAUACACAUAUAUUAAAGUCUUUGGUAACUUUUGUCAGUAGUGACUAUAACAGUAUAACAACAACCGGUACCGAAAACAACUUGAAAUGGUCCUGAAUAAUUUUUUGAAAGUUUUCUAAAAAAAUAAAAUUACAGGAGGUUCAGUUUUCAUUUUUACAGUAAAAAGGUACAGACACAGUUUAACUAGUCUUUUUAUGGCAAAAGUAUUUUUGCAUGUACAACAUUUUAAUAUGGAGGAAAAAAAAAUGACAUCCUGACCGGGUCCAUCUGAAAUAUUUGCAAAAUGAGAAUCACAAUCAAAUAAUCAUAAGGGUUUUUUUUCUCCUGUAUUUUAAAGAAUGGCAGCUAUGAAAAUAAUGAAAGCUGCCUGGUUAAUUCUGUACUUAAUCUUCACAAGUCCAUUGUCAGGAGGUCUAUUUAAAUACGGUGUGAGGCAGGAAUUGAAAUAGCUGCAUGUUUUUUUGCGAUCAAGUGUGAAUAUUCGUUUUUGGAUGUUUUACCAUUUGUAUGUCUUAUAGUGUUUUAGUAUGGCCUUAUGUGUAGUAAUGCAUGAAAAUAAUGUGUGUGAAAUCUUGGGAAAUUUGAUGUCUUACUCAGCCAUACUGAACAUGCCACCAUCUCUUGAGAAUACUGCUACAGUAUGACUCCACAAGUAAUAUUUAUGCCUUCUUUUGAAUUGGACAUAUUUUCAUACAAACAUUUACAUAUGCGUAAACAAAGUGUAUGGUAUUUUGUAGGUAUUUCAACAUGUCCUUUAAAACUUUGCAUGCAAAAUUUCUCAGUGUAGAAAACGUUCUAAUAAAUGAAGUGUAUUGAAGUGUAGCACCCUCAGACGACCUUUAGUUUCUUAUUCAUGUGGUCAUACACAAAUUGAAUACAAUUGGCAAUCUAUCAUAAGUGGAAUUUAAAAUCCCUUUUUUGUAAAUAAAAUUCAAACAGCUUUUUUAUCAGACUCUUUUUAAAUUGUGUGCUUUUGGGAAUAAGAUAUUUCAGAUGUCUACCAAAGGUAGUGUACAUGCUGUAGGUGUGCAAUUCUUACACAUUCUAUGAGAUGCAUUACAUUUUUUUCUGCAGAAAAAAAACCAUUCAUAAUUUGCAUUAAAAAAAGUGCCAAACAGGCACGUCUUUCUCUGCACCAGCAAUAAAGGCUUUAGUUACCACGUGCUUAUACAGGCAAAGCUUAAAAGCUGUUUAGUAACAUGGUCUGUGUACUGCUUUUGAAUAAUAAAAAAGUUUGCUUGGGAAUUUAAAUGCAUAAAGUACGGUGGGUUCAGUGUUGUUGAUUAGUCCGUUUAUAAAGCUUGCUUGAUUUUUGCAAACAAUCAAACCUUUUUAUAUGGAAUAUACACAAUUUCCAUUAUACUGGAGUUUUAUAAAUACCGCAUAUACAAAGGAAAACAGCUGUGCACAUUGCAACAGAUAUUGUCUAGUUAUUGAUUCAAUGAUUUCUUCUUUUAUAUGUUACUUAGCAGACAGCUGUAUCUAUAUCUCAUCAUAUUUAGUGCAUUCUGUAUCUCUAGAUAGUUCGGCUUUUAAGCCCCGUUUGUUUAUUAUUUUCAGAAAGCCCUUAUUAAAAAGCGGAAGAUUUAGAAUGAAUAAAAGAGCAAAACAGUUUGAAAUAGCAAAAGAAAAGCAACCUGACACUCUAAAUAGGCCAUUGUAAGAAUAGGUUGUCAGAAUACACUUUUGCGGUUGACAUUCAUGAGCACUGUGCAAUUAUUUGCAGGUGUUUUCCCUUUUAUAACAACACCAAAUACACAUAAUUAGAAUAUGUAUGACUUCAGAGUGAAAAUGGCUUAUAUUACAUAUAUUUUACAGACAAAAACAUCAAGUUGCUGACAGAUUUUUCUAUCAUUACAUCCAGCAUGAUAAUGUGAGGACCCCAUUAUUUAAAGUGUGAGAUGAAUUGAUAUGAAAGAAAAGUGUUGCUAAAAGACUUAAGUGCAGAAAAGGGAACAAAUAUUAAUGAGGAAUACAUCACUGUUGCAUUGCAUUUGCCAAUGUAUUUGGAUCAUAUGAUAAACAACAUUAAGUAACAUUAAAUGCUAAACUUACACAAUGUUGUGCAUCUGAAGAUUGUGUCUAAAAGUCAAUAGACAAAACUCAUGUUAUGGCUUUGAUCAGUUUCUGCUCCUGUGAAAUAUAAACAUUUGUAUUGCAGCAUUAGUCAUUUAUUGUAUGCAAAGUAAGGGGGCACAGAAUGACUUUAAAAGAUACAUUAUCUGAUACAUUAGAUACAUGAACACUUUCAUGAGAAAAUAGCAAAAAUCAUCUGACCUUAGGUAAAAAGAAAAUGACUCUCAGGCCUAUUCUCAAUGGAAACCUUUCCACUAUUACCCUUUCCUUGGUUACACUUGUCAUUUAACAUAGUUCUCACCUUUGAUUCAGAAGUAGAAAGAAAAUCAUCCUGAUUCAUUGGCCUUCUAUGUGAUACAAGAUGAUUAUCUCCCAGGUUUUUUGUUUAGAGAAGAUGCUGGUGUCUUCAAAUUUGGAAAACACUUUUGUGUCGGAGAGGGAAAACUAUCUGCCCUUAGAAUUUUGUUUCUGAGUCAGCUCACAAAUUUUCACAAGCAAUGGUGGGUCCCAUCCAAAUAGUUACAUUAUUUAAAUUGAAGAGGAAAUUGGAAGAGGAAACUGAAGUCUACAAAAUCCUUAACAGGUGCAUAUCAUACAGGGUAGAAUUCACACUCAAGGUAGCCCAACAUUUGAGAUAUGCCCCAAUUCUCAUGCUUUAUGUGAAAGACUUUUUGUAUGCAGAAAGCUUAAAACGGGUAAAGAUAUUAAUAUUGAUCAAUUUAUAAAAAUUCUGAAAAUAGGUGUGUUUUCAGGUCACAUACAAUUUGGGAACAUAGUCCAAUGUUCAAACAACCUCCAUUCCAGAUGCAUUCGUACCUCUGAGCUUUUAAUGUAUAUGAACUGAUUCUUAGCUGAUGAAGAUACACAGCUAAAAGUGAAAUCUGACAAAUGGUCACUUCAAUUUAACAGCGAAGCAAAAACUUGUUACUGACAUAAUCAUAUGAUGCUAUGAUAUUUACAUUUUUCUUAGCAUCAGCAAAUUUCCAUUUACUACAGAAAAUAAGCUAUACAGCUACACUUACAAAAGGAAAGACUACUUUACAAGGCAGAGUAACAUUUUUACUUUACUUUUGUGGAAUCGAAUUAAAUAUGCUAAAAUAUGUUUUAAAUUGACAUGUUCAAUGAUAUUUGGAUAGGGGGAAAUGCUGUUAUUGAAGCUCGAUAUACAACUUCAUCAUUUUAAUAAUAUCUAUAAAGGUGUUUGUGUGUUUUAAUAAAACUCACCUGUCUGUGUAAAUAUAAUGACUUUGUAACUGACAUACCCACUUUUUUUAUUUCUGUUCUUGAAGACAACUGAGUGAAACCGAUUUGGACUCAUACAAAAAUGAAUAGGCUAUGUAUCUUACUGUCUAGUGUACUUGAAUAUUUUGUGACAAUUGUUUACCAGUUUUUACAGUUGCCAGGUCUGGGAUUGCUUUUCAAUGUAUAAAAGGAAAUUCUGGCUACCUGAUGGAAACAACCUACAUACAUUUAUGGGUUCUCUUUUUACAAGAUGUUUUCAUGUGAGUGUCCUUUGUGCAAAUUGUUUAUAAUUUAAAACUGGCCCUGUUUCAAACCUGAAAAUGAAUGAUCCAACUUUGGCUUGCAUGGUCUGAUUAUUUGUAUACUGAUUAGUCAGUUUAUACUAUUGGCUUUGUUUGUGUCCUUUGUAUUCUAUUAAACAUUGUCAAACUA